AUGAAAACAUUCAUUGCAUUGUCUCUUUUGUAUUUGACAUUAGCCAAGUAUAAACAAUAAUCAUACUAAGCUAAGGAAUAUUGUCAACAAUUGGAGAUCAGAUUCAUCCAUAUUAAUAAGUGAUAGUAGCAUUAUCAGAAGUGGCAUCCAAAGAUUUCAAUUUCUAAUAAUUGUUUGUUGCUUUAGAUGAAUUAGCUGAAUCAUUUAAGACUAGAAAAAAUGAAGAAAAUGCAUUUUACGAACAAGAAUAUUAACAAUAUUAAGCAGAUGUACAAUACUAUUAAAAUUAAAUUACAGACUUUAAAAAUAAGGUAUGAAUAUGUAUGUAAAUUUUGGUAAGAUUGCCUAAUUAGAGGUUGAUGUAAAAGAUUUGAGUGAUGAAAGAGUUAGAUUAUAAUAAAUGUUAACAGAAGCCAAAUAAGAUUUAUAUGAUGCUACAAAAUUGUUGAAUGCAAAAGAAGCAUAAAUAAAUUCAGAUAAAUCUACAUUUGACAGAUAAUUCAAUGAAUAUGCAGAUACUAUUGCAGUAUUAGAUUAAGCAAUAGCAUUAUUAAAUGAAGUCAAAGAUGAAACAUCUUUAUUAUAAAAAGCAGAUAAUCUCAAAGAAAUAUCAUCAAAGAUGCACACUCAGUAUUAAUUAAGGUUAACGUUAGUUUGAAAUAACUUUCAUCUAAGAGAGUAUUUUAUCAACCAUUAGUAAAGGCACUCACUUAAAUUGCAUAGAAUAAUUAUGUAGAUUAAGAGAAUCUCAACAAAGUUAUCAAUUAUAUGAAUUAAUUAAGAUAAUCAUUAAUUGAAGGAUAAACAUCUUUAUAAAAUUAAUACGAAGCUUAAUCUAAUUUAUAAAAAGAUAUUUUAUCAGAAAUCUAAGCAAAAAUAACUGGUAUAAGAGAUGUCUUAAUUCCUAUGUUGUAAUCUGAGAUUGAAACUAAAGAUGGUGAAAUUAAAGCACUUAAUGCAAUUCUUAAUGAUGCAAGACUUAAUUUAUCUGAAGCUGAAGAUAAUCUUAAUGCAACAUAAAAUAGAUGGAUUGAAAGGUAUUCAUUUAAUUUUAAUAUUUUUAUUUUAGAACUGCAUCACAUAACUCCUUAAUUUAAUAAUAUGAUAAUGAAUUAUUAGCUAUUAAAGAUGCUGAAAAUGCCUUAAAAAAAGGAGGUAUAUUUAGAUAAUGAUGAAAAAUAUUAUUGGUC